AUGGCGUCCCCUGCAAGACGCGUGCUUGGUGACAAAGAUCCCAACGCGCCCAUCCAACAACAACCCUCGAAAGUGCCCAACAGAGUCUCACAUCUCGCCAGUCCUGUGGCACGACGAAGCUCGACAAAGCGUCCUUUCUCCCCGGAGCGCUCCCCCUCGAGUAGCCCUCGAACCGGCCAGAAACGCAAGAUUGAAGAAGCAUACGGUGAAGAGCAAGCGCCAUCUCAGGAUAUAGUUGCAGCAUGCUUUCUGUCGCAAACGACCGAGUUACUGAGCGACACACGGUCCGAGAAUGAAGAUAAUUUGCAGAUCUCGAGUGGCCAGAGCACGACGACUUUGGCCACCGCCCUCACCAGUUUCCGGGCCUCGCAGGAAGAAGCGUCUCAGAUGGAGAGCGAAUUCCACAUCCAUGACGAGCCGAGCCAGCAGACCUUGGAUAAGAUGCAUGCCGUCACGUUCACACAAACCACGUCUCAACUGGUCCCGCCUCUGCGGCCCAACCUGGCCAAAGAAGCAUCUCAAGUCAGCUUGAGCAUGUCCAGCCUGAUCGACUUCGACACCAACCGUUCGUCGCAAGAUGAUGAGAUGCAAAUGAUUGAGGAGACCGAGAUAGUCAAUGACCAAAGGCCCCAGACGGCCGAGGACGCCAGAAAGCAGAUGAUGCUAGAGAAAGCAGAAACCCUGCGAACUCGACUACAACUCGCCCUGUACAAGAUCCAAACCAACCAGAUAACAAGGCCAUUCGCUCGUCUCCAGGUUCCUCGAAACACAUCUCCCCCACCGCGACUUUCUGUGUCGUCUUCCUCCCCAAAAUCUUCGUCGACUGUGCGGCAGAGCCCGGCACCGGAGAGCUCGGCCGCUCAAGAAGCUCGAGUCGCUAUGGCUCGUGCUCGUGCAACGAUGGGUCCUAGACCGUUUGUUAAACAGCUCUCUAGCCUGCCAGUGCCAGAGAUAGUCCCGACAGCCUUUUCGGCGAGAUGGAAUCACGACAUUGAUUCGCAGCAAGGGAGUCAGGGCAGCGGGAUGCACCCAUCUAAUGUUCCCAGCAGCCCUCCUCUGUCGCAGCCAGGUCAUACUCCUGAACCCUCGGUCGUGGGAGCAAAACAUCGGGACUCGAACCCUAGCACGCCCUUACAGCUAUCUAGUCCAGCCCCAAGUCAAUACGAAGAGGAUAUCGAAGGCGAUGUUGAUACCCGACAUGACCAUCUGCGAGGCGCUGGUCUCACUAGCAGCGUGAUCAAAGGAGAAGCUGCAAACAGCCUGCUGGAUCUUGUCCGGGGUAUAUCUCUAGGUUCACGGAGACACGCCAAAUACUUGGGAACGACAAGAAAGAAAGGAAAGAUGGGCCAGUCCACAAGCCAUCAUCCUCCACCAUCCUCCACCUCCGACAAUGGAGUCGAGGUAUAUGAUCCAAACACAGCCGACUCCCCUCUCAAGUACCAAGUCGAUCACCCCGACACCACGACGAUCAUCGACAUGUCGUCGUCCGGUCCUACCGGUCCUGCCCCCAGCAGGGCCAAUGCCCAGGUGUAUUUCCAUCUCAGCCGCACCGGCCACGACGUCGCGCCCAAGGCGUUUCCCGCCUGCGUCUCGGCUGGCAAGGGCGUCAUCGUCAGGGAAGGAUACUUGAACGGCGCCUGGACAUGCAUCCGGCCUUUCGAGGUCGAAAGUGAGAACGCAGCAAAAGAUCAAGGACAACCACGGACCAUCACGUUCCCUCCGGAUCCCAGCGUGGAGGGCUCUCGCGAACACAAGAUCCGCAUCGUGGGCUGUCGGGAGAUCGAGUUCUCGGUCCUCCAAACCCCUGCCUCUGCCUCUGCCUCUGCAGCUACCUCUACCUCCGCCGCCGAGCUCCCCGCCCCGCGCUUCGUCAAACUCAAAGUCAAGGCCCUCGUCUCUGCGGCCAACGAGGAAUUCUCCCCCAAGGGCGCCACCGAGGGCGUUCCGCUGUGGAUCGGUGUCGAUGAGUCCCCGGAUAAUAUCUUCCGCGCUGUACCCGGGCAAUAUGGCACGUGGGAGGUGAGGUGUGACGGCGGUGAGGUGGUGAGGUGGUGA